AUGGACAGAACAUUACAACUUAUUCAACAACUUCGCAAAGAUAGAGUUCCCUUCAAUGUUGUUACUAUCGAAGACGAAAGACUUAUCCGUCAUCUUUUCGGUCUUCCAGAUCCAGCCAUAACUUUCAAUCCCAAUCACGACCCCAAUAAACUCAAUCUCGUCAUCCAUAUUUCCAAAGAAGAGGCCAAACAGAUUUUGAAACACCGUCCCAACCUCAAUACUAUCCUGCUUACCAACGAGUACACUACCUUAAGUGAACUAAACAUCCUUACCAGACAAAAACAACUCCUCCCAGCCGCCGACGACCACCAAACCAUCACUCCCGCCGAACACCAAGCCCUCAACGGCGAAGUAGAUCUCCCCGCCCAUCUCCUCCGAGAAAACCUCCGCGCCCAAUGCAAACUCCCUGCCUCCCGAGCCGCCCGCAUCACCGGCAAGUACAUCAGCCCCGAACCCCUCGAUGAAUAA